ACACUCGCGCCAAACUGACGCUAAGACAUUCCAAAGUCAAAUUUGCCGCGCGAAGUGACAGUUCGAUUUAUUCCUUUUUUUAAAACCGGACCCCGUUAGUUUCGAGUGUUUUAUUUUUAAAACAACAAUGGACAGUUGAUUUUUUUUAUUAUGUCCGUGGACUAGAAUUUUUUUUAAAAAGAAUAUUUCGUUAAAGUUUCUAUUAGCAUUUUCAGACAAUUUCGAUCUUGGCUGUGUUAAGUUGUUAACAACAAAAGCUGUCAUGACGAAUACGAUGCAUAUCUUAUUUAUCUGCGCGUUCCUAAGCGCAGUCACGGCGUACUGGCAUCCAGAUCUCCCGCCGGGUCCCUAUUGCGGCAUCGACAAUAAAUGCUGCAAAGACAGAGAGGAUGGCUGCUCACAUAGAAUAAUGGAUACUCUGUGCUACUGCGACGAAUUCUGCGAUCGUAAUCACGAUGACUGCUGUCCGGACUACCAGAAAGUGUGUCGACGUGAAGUCGAUACGAUUUUGAACCCUUGCAAACACGCUGGCAAGUUUUACUUCGAAGGAGAGACCAGGCUAGACGAUUGCAAUACUUGCACAUGCAAACGCGUGAACGCUGAUACGUUGGACUGGUCCUGUGAGAAUGAUCCUUGCAUCAUGAACUCGGAUGUGAUAUACGGUGUCAAUCGCGGUUCAAGUUGGAGGGCCUACAAUUACACGCAGUUCCAAGGAAAGAAGCUGAAGGAUGGCCUCGUGUAUAAGCUAGGUACUUUACCUCUGAGCCGUGAGACUCGACUCAUGGGCCCCAUCAGGCAUGACAAAGACAUUAACUAUCCAACGCACUUCGACGCCCGCGAACGCUGGCCGAAAUACAUUUCGCCUGUCGUGGACCAGGAAUGGUGUGGAUCAGACUGGGCCAUAUCGAUUGCAACAGUUGCUUCAGACAGGUUUGCGAUCCAAUCGAACGGUGCAGAGAGUAUGGUGCUGAGCCCGCAAUCUCUCCUGUCUUGUAACCGCAAUCAGCAGCGAGGCUGUCAUGGAGGACACAUCGACGUCGCUUGGAACUAUGUACGAGGACAAGGAAUCGUAGACGAAGAAUGCUUCCCCUACAAAGCAGCGAACACUAAAUGCCCGUUCAGACCAAAGGGCAACCUUAUUGAAGCUGGUUGCAGAAUACCCGUGAAACAAAGAACAUCAAGGUACAAGGUCGCACCCCCCGGCAAGCUGAACACCGAAAAAGACAUCAUGUAUGAUAUCAUGGACUCUGGACCAGUACAAGCGGUCAUGACCGUACAUCAAGAUUUCUUCCACUACCGCGAUGGCAUUUAUCGUCGCAGCCCGUACGGUAACCAGCAUAUGAAGGGUCUCCACAGUGUCCGUAUUGUCGGCUGGGGUGAGGAACGCGGAGAGAAAUACUGGAUUGUAGCAAACAGCUGGGGUUGUGACUGGGGCGAAAACGGAUACUUCAGGAUCCUAAGAGGUGCAAAUGAAGCCGAUAUCGAAUCUUUCGUGGUGACCGUCCUGUGCGACGUCACUAGAGCCUACCAGAAGAAAUAACAUAGGAACUAUUUAAUAACACCCCUGUGCGUGGUCAGUAAACCAGUUAAAACCAGACGGGGGUGGAUAUUACUGAAUAGUACGAGAAAUUUCGGAUGACAAUAAUCUGAGUGCAUGAUUCAAACAUUUUUAUAAUUUUAAAAUAAGUUUUGUAAAUUUUCUAUCGAUUAAUUUUUAAACAUUUUUAGUAAUCAUUAUUAUUUUUAUGACUCUUCAUCUGAAUAGCUAUAAAAAUAGUAAGUAAAAUCUUUUACGAUCAGUGGUUUUUUUUCAACGAAACGAGGUAAUAUAUUUUUAAGUCGACAAUAUUUUUUUUCUGAAGGUCUUUAAUCUAAAAUAUACGGUUUUGACAAAAUCAUGCACUCAAAUAUUUUAGGGCUGUUCGAGUUACACGGUGAUAGUGUGUUUGAGGAUUGAUUUGAAAGAAUACGAAUUGUACGCCAAAUUAUACAUUAUGUGCAACACAAAACGCUGAGAAACAUUAUAUACAAGGGAGUGAGGGGACAGUUUGCGCGAAUGCUAUUUAAAAAUCGAACAACGCGAAGUUCAAUAACGCUGACUUUAAAAUUUUCAUUUUUAUUAUUUCAAUAUAAAGUUGCCAGUUGUUAAAAAAAUAUCAUUAACCUUUUUUAAUUUUGAUUACAUUAUGGGACGCUUUGAACGGUUACUGAGGCCUGAACGAAUGAUUGAGUAACCAACGAACCAUUCACUACGGAAAUUUGCAUUAAUAGGUGUAAUAAACCAGUUCCUAAACGUCCACUUCGUUACCCAAGGCUAGUCCCUGAAUUGUAUAAAUAUUCUUGUAUUGCACAUAAUGUACACACUGCUUUAUACAAAUGACUAUUUUUAUGUCAAUUUUAUUUGAGCGUGUCAAUUUCGAGUACGCGGAAAUAAAUUCUAGAUUAUUUUCUAAGUAAUAUAACGAUUUAGAUAUAUUUUUAUUAAAUAUUUCAAAUUUACAUGUCAUAUGGAAAAUUUAGUAAAUAAUAAACAUCGCAUUAGUGAUAUAUUUAAGAAUAAGCAGUCUUGAUAUUUUAAAUUCAUAUGAUUUAUUUUUCUAGUACUUAUUAUACGUAUUAAUCGUAAAAAAAAGUUAGUAAGGUAUUUUUUGCUAUAAGCAAUUAAGAAUUUUAUUAUUAAAGUUUUCUAUUUUAAGUAAAGGCUUGUUUUAAGUUCAAUAUUUAUGCACCGUAUAUAGAAAUGUAACUGCCAUUUUUAAUAUAGGUAAGUAACUUAUGCCUGUUCCACACAUUGCUUUAUUACGAUGCAACGGCAAAUUAUAUUUAUGACAUUACAUAGAAGAUUUUAAUGCUCUAGAACAGUUUAUAACUUGGCACUUCGAUUAUUCAUGCCUGUUAUGCCAAGUUAUUUUUUAAAUAAUUGUUGGUUGUUCUAAUGUAUAAAACCUGUUUUUUUUUCUACAAAAAUGCAUUAUAUUCUUAAAGCGAACAGCGUCAAAAAUAAAGCACUCAAUAUCGAGCACUGUCAAGCACUAGUCUUAUGAAUAAAAAAAAAGUAUUUUUAAAUAAAUUUAUUCAUCUCAUAAAGUCUACAUAAAUAGACAAUAAUUUAUAAAAUAUUUUUAGAUAUACUAUUUUAAAUGUAAUUUAAGGAAUGCACAGAUUAGAAAUAGCUUAUCGUCUAUGGUCAUUGAGAACAGAUUAUUUCAUAUUCAGGCAAUAAUUACGAAGUCUUCUUUAACAAAAGUAAAAAAAAAAAUGUGGCAAAAUAGAACAAACAAAUAUAAUUUCUCAUAACAAUCUUUUUAUCAGUCUAUUUAAUCAGAAUAGUUGAACAAAACUUCUUUAAUGCCAAAAGAGAACUAAAACACAUCACAAUAAAACAAAUUUAAAAAAUCUCUUUGUCAUGUAAGGUAGCGAGUUACAGCAGUGUAAGGUCGGUCCACCUUCAUAAGAUUGUUUACAUACAGAGAAUGUAUGUGUAUUGUUAACGACUAAAAGCAUUAACAUGUAUUUAUUUUUAAUUAAAAUUGUAAUAUUGUAACAGAGGUAAUAAAAUUUUAAGAUUA